AUGAGUAUAAACAACAAUAGUGUUAAUAAUAGUAAUGUUAGAACGAGUGAUAAUAAUACAGAGAAUGAUAAUAAUUCAAGAUCAAAGGGUGGAAUAUUAAACGAUAGGUAUAUAAAUUUUAAAAUAUUUAAAAAGGGAGAAGAAUUAAGUGAUGAACAAAAAGCAUUUAUAAAAGUUCAAACAUAUUUGAAUGAAGGUAUAUUACCAAAAUGUAUUGGUAUGGGUAUAGGUGGAGGUAUUGUUGGAUUAUUAAUAGGAGUAUUUUUUUUUAGUAUGCAACCUAGUAAUAUAGAUUAUAAUUUAACAUAUAAACAACAAUUAAAAGAACAAUUUUCUUUAUUAAAACAAUCUGUUAAAAGUAGUUGUCUUAAUUUUGCAAAAAUUGGAUUUUUAUAUUCCUUGUAUGAAAAUUCCUUACAAAAAAUUAGAGCUACAAAUGAUUUAACCAAUACCUUAUAUUCUGGUUGUUUAACAGGUGCUUCAAUUUCUUAUAAAAAAGGAGUACCUUCUAUGAUCAGUGGAUGUGCUAGCUUUGCAGCAUUUUCUUUAGCCAUUGAAAAAUGGCAAAGGUCCACCAGAUAA